AUGCAGCGCCUUCGCCGUCCAGCGGCGUUGCUCGUAGGGCCGGCGCUGGAAGCAGCAGCAACGGCAGCAGGCACGGGAUGCCACUGCAGCGCCAUCGCCACACCCGUUCGAGCGAAAUACAUCCGCCAGCCAAGCCCGCAGUGGGACGCAGUUCAUGAGGACAUCAAUGCGCACGUCAAAAAACGCAUUCCCGGUGAAACACGCGUGGAUCGCGUGCGGCGCUUUGCGCGGGAGUGGCGCAACGUGGAGCUCGAGCUCGGCGUCUACAAAGACUCCCGCGGGCGAGAGAUUAAGUACCGCAAAACAUUUGUGUACCGCUACACGUACCCAAACGCCUUUGACGAAUUCUGGUGGCCAUGCAAGUGA